AUGGCCAGACAAAUAACAACUGCUAUAGGUCUAUGCGGAAACAACAGAGACUACAUUUUCUUGAUGGAGAAAGAUAUGUUUGAUAUUGGUCAUGAAGAUGACAUGGUGAUAGAAUUGGAAAAUGCAGUGAGAAAAGUCAAAAAGACUAAUGUGAGUCCAGAGCCUGAGUCUUUUUCUUAUGAGGAUGGAGUCUUAGAGCUGGUAGAAGCAUCUGAUAAUUUGAAGCACAAGGGACUUGGUAUCAAGGAUCACCUAAGGAAAAUAGCAGGGGUUCAUUUUCAAGCGACAAAAACGUCUUUUAGUGAUAGUGAGAGGGAGGAAUCUGAGUUGGAAGAUGAUCAUUCUUUUAAAAAAAUUGAUGAAUUGUCAGAAUCAAAAGUGAAAAUAAAGAAACUCUGCAGGAAGCUUCUUAGCCAAGUACCUGAGAAAUCAAUGAAGCUUAAAAAAACUCAAGGCUCUAAUCACUUUCAGGUCAUGUUUACAAGUAAUUUACACAUUCAAACACCUGCAGAUGUACUUUAG